GAACGAUCACAAAAAACAUUAUCUUAGGGAUUGUACUAAUUCUCCAAGGACUAUUCUAUCAAAACAUAUUAAUAUUAUUCAUAACUCGAUACCUCAAAAGAAGUGGCCCUUCAAUUAUGCAUUUGAUAAUUUUUUAAGCAAACAUAAUUCUCAUCUCAUUACCAUUUGUGACUUUCUUGUUUGGAGAAUUCACAAUAGCAUUUGUUUGCCUGUGGAAUCUUUUGCAAAGGAAUCAUCUCAAUUUAAGACCAGUUUGCAUAAUCUUCAAAAUGCAGAAAAUUGGACAAUAGAAGAGAUAAAUGUUAGCAAAAAGGUAUUAAACAUUAACAAAUGGUUAAAGUGA